AUGUAUCAAUUCCGCCCAUUAGUACGAACAAGGCGCACAGCACGGACAGCGUGGCACCGGCAGCCGCUGCUGCUCCCUGGCCGUCGUGGCUUCACCGCAUCGCAGCCCAGCAGCAACAGCAGCCCGGCAACCACGGAAUGGGAGGACCAAGCCCCCACGCUGUCCGACUUCUCGCAGCUGCCGCACAAGGACUUUGGCAAGAACCAGCUGAUCCAGACCAAUGAGGAGUUCAAGCGCUCGCUGCGCGGCAUCCUGCGCCAGUUCCCGCCCAUCACCUACGCCUUUGCCUACGGCUCCGGCGUCUUCCCCCAGUCGUCGGCCACGGCCUCGCUCACGACGCAAUCGCCGCACCCCCACCCGCCCGAGGCGAUCCUCAAGUGGCAGAAGGGCGGCGGCAAGAUGAUCGACUUCAUCCUGACGCCGCGCUACUCGCAACACUUCCACUCGCUCAACCUGCGCGAGCACCGCGACCACUACUCGUUCCUCGGCUCCCUGGGCUCCGGCGUCGUCAGCCACGUCCAGGACCGCUACGGCGCCGGCGUCUACUUCAACCCCUAUAUCACCGUCAACGGCACCAUGAUCAAGUACGGCGUCGUCAACUUCGAGACGCUCCUGCGCGAUCUUACCGAGUGGGACACGCUGUACCUCGCCGGCCGCCUGCAUAAGCCCUGCAAGAUCCUGCACGAGGAGCCCAAUAUCCGCCUCGCCAACCAGCGCAACUUGCUGUCCGCCGUCCGCUGUGCCCUCCUGCUGCUGCCGCCCUCCUUCACCGAGAAGGAGCUGUACUCGACCAUCACCGGCCUGAGCUACCAGGGCGACCCGCGCAUGCAGUAUGGCAGCGAGAACCCAAAGAAGAUCGACAACAUCGUCACCCACCAGAUCCGCAACUUCAGACUGCUCUACCACGAUCUCAUCAUGUCCCUCCCCAACAUCCAGUACGCCGACGCCCACGCGCUGGCCAAACCAGACUGGGUCGAUGACAUCAAGCUGGACCUGAAGCUCACGCAGGACAUGGACCCCGAGCGACGCGCCAACAUGGUGCGCCGCUUGCCCAAGAAGUUUCGCGAGAAGAUCUACUUCCUGUACCGCGGCAAGUUCGGCAUCCCCGGGCGUGAAUACAAGGACAUGCUGGAAGCGAGCACGGACGAGGACGCCAAAGGUGGUGUCAAGAAGCAGGUAGCCAGCGCCUUUGACAAGCGAAUCGCAGCCGAGAAGGAUCUGCCAGAAAUGGUCACAAAGGCAGUCAACCAGACCGUCAAAUGGCCGUCUACCGUGCAGAGUCUAAAGGGCCCGCUCACAGCGGGUCCUCAGAAGGCCUGGAGGUAUUUGCAAGAAAAGCGUGAGAAGAGCAAGAUGAAGUGA